AUGUCUGGAUCUUGUUCUUCCGCCGAAUGUUGUAGGUAUAGGUUGAAGUCCUCGUUUUAUCCGAAAGGCAUGAGCACGUUGGCCAAGCCGAAGCCAUCACCCUCGUCAUCUCCUUGGCUUAUGCUGCAGCCUGCCUUUGACGUCGACGUUAGCGGUAGCGCAAGCAGGAGCUUCAAGUUCUACAGCCUCGCCGACAACAAAAUCGUAACCCUAAGUACCGGAAAGAGCAGCAAAGAAAGAGAAUUAAGGAACCCUCUCCUGUGCUUUAGGGGAUCUUCACAUGGCUGGCUAGCUUUGUACGACGAAAGUAGCCUGGACGUGUUUCUGUAUAACCCAAUAACCGGUGGUCAUAUAAGCCUCCCUCCCUUUGGCCACUUUCCUGAUUACCCUCCCAACUCGAAUGGACUAUACAAGAAGGUCAUCCUCUCGUGCUCCCCAGACGAUGAUGGACCAAAUUGUCGGGCUAUCAUGAUAUACAACAACGUAGCUGCGCUGGCUUUCUGCUGCCCUGGGUUGAGCAAGGAAUGGACCCGCAUCGGAGAUCACAACUGGUUUGAUCAAGAUUCGGGCCAGGAUUUUUUUGGGGGCUACGAAGAUUGUGUCUACUCCACAAGACAUGAAGCAUUGUUUUGCCUCACAAGACUGGGCGUGUUGGAGUCUUGGGAUAUUCGGGACCCUCAGUCACCGAGGGCUGUGAAGAUAGCCGAGGAUAGUCGGAAGGUUGGACGGCUCGGCUACCCGAGGACAGGUACGAAGAAGUUGACGUUGACGAGUACGCAGGCGGAGAAUCUGGUAGUGGCCGGGGAGGAUCUCCUCGUAGUGACUCAGUACGUGGUUGAUGCAUUUGACUUUGAUGGUUUGUAUGUUGAUGGUAAUACGCCGUAUGACUUCACCUACAAACGCGGCUUUCCGGGUGUGACUGUUGAUUUUGAUGUUCAUAAAUAUGACCCUGAGGAUGGGGAACUUAAGUAUGUGGAAGGGUCUUUUGGUGGUUGGGCCCUUUUUGUCGGCCUCCACAGCCAUGCAGUUGCGUUGCCCACGGCUGACUUCCCCGAGCUCAAACCCAAUUCCAUUUACUUCACGGAUGCAAAUUUAGAUGCCUCGAUUGAGGAGUAUAAUGAUUGCCUAACUGGUGGCCAUGACAUUGGCAUUUUCAAUUAUGAGAACAAGACUGUGUCGCCAUGCUAUUUUCCAUGUGAUGCUCAGAACCUCAGGAAGACUUACCCAGGGCCUAUGUGGUUCUUCCCAAGUCGUGAAUGA